AUUACAAACACCAAAGACCUUCCUCAGUGGUGUCGAACAUACUGUAAAAUAUGCUAUUCUCGAGUACGAUCCGUUGUUGGAUUCAAGUGACGUGAGUCCAAAAGAAUGGGUCAAGAUUGUACGCGAUAUUGAAUUGAACUACAAUUCAAAUUUUGACGGAUUUGUUAUUUUACAUGGAACGGAUACUAUGGCAUAUACGGCCUCUGCAUUAUCAUUCAUGCUCGAAGGUUUAGAUAAGACGAUUCUACUCACUGGUAGUCAAAUACCACUUACGCACAUACGUGCAGAUGCUAGUGAUAAUAUUUUACAUUCAUUACUUAUCGCAGGCACCAUUACUAUACCGGAAGUAACCAUUUAUUUCAAUCAUCAGUUAUUAAGAGGUAAUAGAGCGACAAAAGUAUCUACAAGCGAAUUUGACGCUUUUAGGAGCUAUAAUUAUCCACCAUUGGCUAAAUUGGAACAAAGUUGGAUGUUAAUUGGAACGUAGUGUUGCCUAAAUCUAACAAACCAUUCACUGUUCACAAAUGUGACGUUAUCACCUGAAAUAUGCGUUCUUAGAUUUUUUCCAGGUAUUAAAAUGCAUGUUAUUGAAGCCAUUGUCGAGGACCUUAUCAAUCAUGAACGUGCCGCAUUGAUUUUACAAACGUUCGGCAGUGGUUAGUGAUUAUAUAUUAGCAUGUAAUAUAACAACAACCCUAAUGAUGCGUAGGAAAUAUCGGUAGAAAUGAUAAAUUACUAGAUCUAUUUAAAAAAGCCUCAAAUAAGGGUGUUGUCAUCGUUAACACAUCUCAAUGCCAUACUGGGUCAGUCAGUGGAGCGUACGAAAAUGGACGAGUGUUGGGUGAAGCUGGUGUAGUGUUUGGUAACGACCUCACGUGCGAGGCAGCUCUUACGAAACUUUCUUAUCUGCUUUCAACUGACUUAUCUACUGAAGAAAUUCGCAAGAUUGUUCCUGUAUCGCUUAGAGGAGAAGGCAACAAACUUGUUUAAAUUUACAAGUGUAACUAGUUAUAUAAGGACCUACUAUACAGAUCGACUGUACAAUGACAUAAAUCAGCCUUUUGUUUCAAACCUUAUUCCAAUGUGAUGAGAAUGUGCGUUUAGCCAGGAACACGAUCGUCAUAACUGUUCAUCAUCACUAUCACGUUAUCAAUGAGGGGAAUAACUAUAGCCGAACUUCAGGUAGUCUUGACGAAAGGAGUUCCGUAACCUUAACCAAUGAGAAUCAAACACAAGUCAAGCUUGAGGUUAACAGAUGUCAUGGAAGAUCAAACACUACGUUGGAAAUUUGAAGCGUACUUAAAGGAUAAUGAAAGAAGUAUAGAGAAUUUAGAAUUCGUGUCUUGGUUUGAAGAUUAUAAAAUAAAGUUUAGGAAAAUUACCCCUCAAAUGCAAGCAAAGGAAGCUAUUAGAGUACUAACCAGGUACUUCUAUAGGAAUUCCUCACAUGAACUUAAUUUAGACGAGGAUGUGAAGGUUAAAACGAUCAACGUUGUUAAAUAUUGUAUUGAUAAUCGACAACCUGUGCAUCCUUCAGGAUUUCAGCAAGCUUUCGAAAUUUCCCGUUCACUUAUAGAAUGUUCAAGCAUUCCAAUGUUUAUAUCACACCUUAAAGCAAGAAAGCGACCUUCACUUAGAGAUGUAUUAUCAUCAAACAUUCGCAGGAGUUUCGAGUCAUUUUAGUUAGUUGUUUAAGUUAGAUAGAGUUAUACGGUUAUAGACUUAUAGAUGGAUAUUAUUUUACCUAAUUUACUCUCUAAUAGACGUACAUGCUUCAUUUUUGACUCUCCAUAAACAAUUGUAUCUAUGGAUCCUUUUUAGACGUUCUAGCGAAAUAUACUUCUUAAAAUAUGUUCGCUAGAAGAAAGUGCUUUCUCCAACUAGUUUAUUUUAUAAAUUUCAUUGACUAGUAGAUUAGAUCAGUAGUUUGAUUAAAGGAGAUUACGAUGUAGUUCAAAAGAUGUGACCUCUUCAAUACCUUCAUUACAGCCUUAUGCAAACAGAUAAUGCACUCAUCAUUACCAUUUAAAUCUUCGAUAUCAUUAUCUAAGGUCCUUCUUAACGUAAGUAGAACUUCGUUAAGGUGGGCUUUUUAGUUCCUUCAAGAUCAUAUAUACCUCACGUCUCCACCGAAUAACAUAGUUCCAAUAAUCCUUAUCAUUAAUGAAAGACUAGCCUUCAAAUUCCUUUCAUUAUUACAGGUGUUUUAUGAUAAAGUCUCCCAAAGCAUCAUUGUUAUUGAGCAAUAUUCAAUGUAAAUGGUGUGACUAAUAUAAGUAUUAUAAUUAUUGUGAAACACAUAGUCUUCGCAUGGAGUAAUCAAUCAUAUGCUCAAUCGAAAACUUGUUUAUCUCUGUAUUUCUUUCUUUGCUAUCUAUAAUCAUGAGAUCAUAGAAGUCGAUAGGCAGGAGACAAAGAAUUAUUAGAGUAGCUUGAAGUUAAUGUAUUUGCAGAUGGCAUAAUUUCGAUCUUCCAUAAGCCAUGCAGUCACAUUCACCGCCUCUAAAAAUGUCACGAAUUCCCACAUGCGUAUAAUUCUCAAUAAUUACAAUCAGCUAUAAUUACCUUAAUCCAAAUCAAUGGAUUUUGUUGGUACUGAUGAGACGGAAUGGCUUUUUGACAAAGAAACUGAGGAUACCAAAACUGUAAUGUCUCACUCAAUUACUCUUCCGAUAAAAGUUCACGUUUCAUUCCGUUGGGCCAUCUAUUACUCUUUCCGAAAAAAUAUUCCCAAAAACUUCGCUUUGUGUUAUCCCAUCGAUAGAUAUGUCUGAGGAGCUGUAAUUUCUCAUAUUCCUCACUUAUUUUUACAAAUAGUUCAUCCGUGUGUGUAUAUAUGUGGACUUUCUCCAGCUGCUUCCGGUAGUCAAAGAAUCCAAAUUUCCGAUUAGAUACGUCCAUUUCGAGAAGAACAACUGCUUUGAGCUUAGACAAACCAUGAUUACUAUCUAAAUAACGUUCUAAGUCCUUCGAUGUCUCGUUAAAGCCGAUAUUAACAUGUAAACAUAAUGUCUCAAUGUUAGGAAAGCUUGUAUGUAAGGCAUACCUCCGUAGUGAAUAGAGAAGAACCUUUAAUGAGCCAAACUGUAUAGUGACAUGCUUCACUGAGUCUAUCUGCACAUUGUGCAGGAUUUGAUUUAAAGUAAUCCAAUGUACGAUCAUUUGAAGCUUUUUGAGAUUAGUGAAAUUGUUGAGGUGUCUAAAAUCAUUGCUAGAAAGUGCGGAUAACGUUAAAUUUCGACAUAUGUCGCUUUCGACGGCUCGUUCGCAAACUUAGUAAGAUAUAAAGAAGAAUAGUCAUCUUCUGGCUCAAUCGCAGGGAUAGUGCCUAUCGUUAAGAAUGGAUCUCUCAGACUCCUCAUUAAUGUUGAUCUACCGAUAGAAUAAAAUGAUCUAUUGAGCGUUGCGAGUAAGGGCGCGAAUUCCAUAACUUCGAUAAGUAUUUCCUGUGGUAUAGAACAUAAUUGCUGGUAUAACUGCAGGUAAUUCGGAUACUGCAUUGAUGAUUGUCGUAAAACAAGAGGAAUUGAUCGAUAACUAGAGACAGCGAGAUACAGAAAUUUGAUAGUAAGGAUCAUAUUUCUGUUUAGAUAUUGAGGCUGUUAAUGCUGAUGAGUGGUGAUAUCAUCUCCCU